AUGUCCGCCGACCAGUCGCUGUACCACCUCGAGCCUGAGGGAUUCUGGAAGAAGUUCCACGAUGCUGUUGUCGUCAACCCCAAGAUCUCGUCUGGUCUGCCCCUCCCCCUCAAGAACCGCUACCCUCCCCCCGCCUCGCGCCCCGAGCGUUACGCUACCCCCGCCACCAAGGCCUCGGACGUUGCCUUCAACCCGUACUACAAGCGCGACACCCGCCGGGCGUACCCCCAGACCUCCGUCGUCACCCAGGCUGAGCUCUCCGCCCUCCUGAUUGCUGGACCGGCUCAGGCUGCUCUCCCCUCUGGCACGACGUCGACCGAGCUUACCGAGUCGAACACGCCGGAUCUCACCGUCGCCAUCGCCGCCAUCCCCCAGAACUCCUUCGUCGCCGCCGGCAUCAACACCGGCAAGACCGCCGGCCUCCCCCCUACCCCUCCCCCCGCCAACCCCAAGGGCAAGUGGCAGCCCAAGCAGGGCGAGUACAUCCCCCGCUUCAAGCACCAGUACUUCCCCAUCGAGAACUACGUUUAA